AUGAGUACUGAAAGCGGGAGUGAACGAACUGAACCGCCCCAAACGCGGUUUCGACCCUCUUGCCUUCAAUGCCAGCGGUUGAAGAAGAAGUGUGAUCGGCAAAAGCCGCAGUGCUCUCUAUGCUUGCGACACGGUCGAAUAUGCUUGUAUGGCUCAAGGAACGGUUCCACUGGGGAUGCAGAGUCUGGUGUCUUGGGCUUCCCUGACCAGUCAAUUGACAGCCAUCAAGCGCCAGAACAACCAUUUCCAGCUGUUUUCUUUCUCGACUCUGCUCUCUUCAAACGGUCUGUGAGCAAGCUACCAGACCAGAGUUUUUCUCUAAAUCCUGACCUGCUUUCUUUUGUCGGCAAUGUUGCCGAGGACAAAGCAUUCGUCUCCUCAUACUUCACCUACAUUCAUCCGUGGAUACCAUUCAUGUCAAAAAAGCUAUUCAUGGAGAGAGUCUUAAACCCUCUCAGUCCAGCAAAGCCCGAAAAGACGCUUCUUGUAGCAGCUGUUAAACUGCUGGCCAGCCCACCUAGCGGCCAAGAAGCACAAACAGCUGCAUACCUAUCCAUCAAGGCAGCCUUGCUUCGGGCCGACAGGUCCGGUGUUCUCAACUUCAAAAUCUUCCAAGUCAUGAUUCUGGUGGCCAUCUACGAGAUUGGCCAUGCCAUUUAUCCUGCGGCAUAUUUGAUGACGGGGAACUGUAGUCGAUAUGGCAGUGCUCUAGGACUCAGCAAGACUGUGGAGAGUUUCGAUGCUUUCGAGGAGAACCAGAGUCUUAUGGAAGCUGAAGAAAAACGAAGGAGCUGGUGGGCUGCUGUGAUUCUCGACCGUUUUAUCAGUCUUGGGUGCGCGGAACGUGCUUGUUUGUUUCCAGACCCAAGCAGCGGCAGCAUCCUCCCUAUGGAUGACGCUCUUUGGGAACAAGGCGGUCACGUUGAACGUCCGAUGCAUCGUCUUUCUUCACCACCCACUGAAACGAUGGGCCGUUAUGGCCUUACCGCGCAAGCAGCAGUUCUACUGGGAAGAGUUUUCCAAAACAUUCAUGAUACCUCGGCAAUGGAAGGAUUCCAGGAAAACGAAGCAAGGAUAUUGGAUAGUACCUUGGUUGCACUGACAAACGUGUCGUUUCAAGAGGGUCGAUUCCGGGGCAUAGGCGUUUGCAGCCCAACCACAAUCUGCUUCAGCGCGAGACUUCUCCUCCACGACGAAUCGCGGUACCCAAGCACCAGGCGUCGAGCAAUAUCCGACCCUUUGACCCGUAUCAACAUCGAAGCUGACAUUGCAGCGCACAUGCUGCGCUUGGCGGACAGUGUCAGUGGAACGAGACGCUGUGGUAUUGAAGAAAUAUCUCCAUUCUGUUUAGAGCCCAUGUAUCGCUCCGGCAUUGUGUAUGCCCGGAGGUACAGCGAGACCGGGCAACAAGAGGACCAGCAAGCGUUUGAAACGAUCAAACAAGGACUUAGAGCGAUGGCUGGUCGAUGGAAGGCGGCAGAUGCUUACGUUGGUCUGCUCGAGGCUCGAGAGCUGACGGGUAUUUUGUGA